AUGAACCAGCAGUCUGGUUCAUCAAACUUACCAUGGAAAAAAAGGAUGAAACCUCAGUACAUACAUGGCAUCUCACUAUCAGUUCUUGUCCUUUUCAAGUAUCACCGGUUUGACCUGGAGAUCAACAUCUUUGAAAUCUCGAUGCAGUACUCUUCUGGAAUGGCAAAACAGGAUUGCUUCAUUAAUUUGCCACAAGUAGCUCUUGACCAAUGCUGGAUCCAUGCAGGUGUCUAA